AAGCAGAGUACUUGUCCAAUGAUAGGCAUUGGAAAAUGAGAGAAUUACUGCAGGAUAGUCUAUUUGAUAAAAAUAAUUGUGAUAAUAUAAGGAUUGUUUCAAACACAGGAUAUAAACUGACAAUCAAACUUGCAGGAGACAUUCAUACUCUCGAAGUCAGAAGAAUAAUUGGUUUAGAAAUUUUAUAUGCCUACUUUCAGUUUGGACACUUGCACGCAUUUUUGAAACUUCAUCAAACUUUUUGUGAGAAAAAGUCAAGCGUAACAAUUGCAAUUGCUUAAAAAUGCAUGUCAAUCUGGGAUAAUUUUACUGUUCUGAAACACAAGUUACUUAAAGCAAUUAAUGUAGAAAUGAUGACUUUGUUGUGAUGUACAAAUACAGAAAGCAGACAGUUUCAGAAGCUGGUUAACAAACUAUGCCUAUGGUGGAAUUCAUAUGGGUGCUAUUGGGGUUAAUGGUAUAUCUGUUGGGUGCAAUUGUCCAGGCCACACACACGUCACUGUUGCAAGAACUACUGAAUCCUGUUGAUAAUAGAUUAAUGUAUGAUCAAAAACGUUCACAUCACAAUGGACAUUCUGGAAGGGCGCAUGAAGCGAGUUUUCCCUCAGAAUGCUGCCCUACAGUAACACGUGCAAUUGCCCCGCUUGGAGGUCUUUCAAGGGACAAUUCUUUGUUACAGUUAUUUCGGGACUCGAACACUAUACAGAAAUUUUACGAGACCACCUGUGCACAUGGUGUUAAAAAUCGCCCCUGUAACUUUGUUGACCAGUCAGAAUGGAGGUCCGUCUGUGAACAAAAACAUACAUAUACGUAUGCCAUAGUGAAGGAUUUCAAUGUUACGGAGCCCUACAGGAUAGACUAUAUGAAAAUAAAUUCCGGAUGUUCUUGCAAGAUUAUAGGACCCGCUAGACCGCCGUCUGUCAGUUUAGAAGAGGAAAUUUUUAAUGAACUUGAAUCUGGACUUCUUGAGAAAAAGUGAUAUUCCUAGAAUUAUAGAAAAAAGUAUUAGAUUAUAUUUUACUGCAGUUCUUACAGAAUCAUUUCAGUAUAAUAAUACUAUAUUUUCAUGCCUUCUAAAGUGGGCAUAUUAAAAUCGCAAUGUCCGUCCGUUUGUGCGUGCGUCCGUGCACAUUUUUGUCCGGGCUGUAACUCUGCCAUUCAUAAAGGGAUUUUAAAAUAACUUCACCAUAAUGAUACAACGUGUCAUGUGCAAAACCCAAACCCCUAGUCCAAGGUCAAGGUCACACUUAGAAGUCAAAAGUUAACAGAGUCUGUUUGUGCCCAGUUCAUAACUCUGCCAUUCAUUAAGGGAUUUUAAAAUUACUUGGCAUAAAUGUUCCCCAUAAUAAGACAACGUGUCAUGCGCAAGAUUCAGAUCCCUUGCUCUAAGGUCAAGAUUACACUUAGAGGUUAAAAGUUAACAUGGUCUGUUCUGUUUUUGUCUGGUCCAUAACUCUGCUAUCGUUGAAGGGAUUUUAAAAUUGCUUGGCAUAAAUGUUCCUUAUAAUCAUAUGACGUGUCAUGCACAAGACCCAGACCUCUAGCUCCAAUGUCAAGGUCAUACUUAGAAGUCAAAGGUUAACAGAUUCUGUUUUGUGCCCAGUUCAUAACUCUGCCAUUCAUCAAGGGAUUUUAAAAGUAUUUGGCAUAAGUGUUCCCUAUAAUAAGACGACAUGUCAUGCUUAAGAUCCAGACCCCAAGCUUCAAGGUCAAGGUCACACUUAGAAGUCAAAGGUUAACAUGGUUUGUUUCUUGUCUGGUCCAUAAGUCUGCCAUUUAUCAAGGGAUUUGAAAAUAAUUUGACACAAUGUUAACCAUAUUCAGAAGGGGUGUCGCGCUUAUAACCUGAGUCAAGGUCACAAAAUGAUUCAUACCUAAACUAUUCUGGCAUAUUUUGCGCAGACAACUGUACAUGUAGCAUUCUCGGGCAUGCAUCGGGGACAUUUGUCACUAUCAGUAACAUCUCUUGUUUUCGUGUAUAAUUUCACUUCCGAUUUUGUAAACUGUUAAAAAUCAAAAGAAAUUUUAGGUUCUGUCAUUUCAAUAGAAACUAAACUACGACAGCUGCUAAUAAGGUUUUGAUGUUCCGGUUUAUUUAAAGUACAUUUAUUCCGCAACUAUGCCACCGUGUCAAGAAAAAGUAAAAUGUUAUUUACCCUUAUCAUGCUGGAUACACGACCGAGUGUAAAUCUGUACUGUUCGCCAUUCAGUCAGUAUUUGUAGUGUGAGCAUCCCUUUUAACAGUUAAUGGUACUGUCAAAACGUUUAUCAUAGAAAUUUAGCAGGGUAAGUGUUAAAUAAUUUUAGUAUCUGCAUUAUUGUUUACAUUCCUUUGAAACAUGCAAUUAUUACAGUUCAUAUUAAAAAGCUGAAAUAUAUUGUUUUAACGCUCUUAAUCAUUAUUAUCUUUUGAAUAAGAAAUGUUCAAUUUUAUUUCGUUUCGUUCUUAUUCUCACAAGAGUUUACAAGUAUGUCAAAGAAAAAAAAAAUAAGAAAAGGCUUAAGAUAUUUUAUCUACUUGGCAUGUUACUAGUCGUAAAUUAAUUGAUUUCCUCAUAUCUUCUCUUAGACGUCGACUUAAUUGAUAUCGUCAUACAUUUUCUUAGCCUUAUAUAUAUACAAUCGGUAUCUUCAUACCUUGUCUAGGACAAUGUUGUCUAUACAUAUGUUGUUUUCGCUCAACAAUGUGACUGACUCUGUCUAGCCUCUGAAUGAAUUGAAUGUUUCCAGCAAACUGUUGACUAUUAAAGUUUAUGUCAAAUUA